AUGUACGAAAGAAGCCAGAGACAUUCGGAAGAAAAUGAUCGUCGCGGGUAUGCAAGUCCUGCUUCCGGAUGGAUCACAGAAUCCAGGAACCCACAUCCCAUCUUCGUCUCAGCCAGUCUCACGGGGCCUACCAGGCUCGCGGAUACAGCAAGCUUUCGAUCUGGAAGAUUCCCCGGAUAUCCCUUGUUGAAGGUCACCUGCAUUAUCCACAGGUAG